AGUAUUGGCUUUACCGUCGUUUGAUCUCGACGUUUUUCAGUUAGAACUGUCAGUAUUAGAAUCUCUUUGGUUACAUAUGAAGCAAAUAUAACCAAUUUGCCACAUGAUUUUGUAGUGAUUGUGAUUAAGAAUCUUGUUUGAAGGAAAAUUGCUUCUUUUUCACCAUGUUUAAACGAAUACCGAAAUCUCUAUUAACCAAAGAAACCAAGGAUUAUUUAUUGAGCACUCAUUUCUGGGGCCCGGUAUUCAACUGGAUGAUACCCAUAGCAACCAUAUCCGACACACGAAAGCAUCCGAAAAUCAUUAGCGGCAAAAUGACUGUGGCUUUGGCCUUGUAUUCUUUAGUAUUCAUGCGAUUUGCUUGGAAAGUAAAUCCGCGAAAUCUAUUGCUGUUCGCGUGUCACAUCACUAACGCCGGAGCUCAAUUUGCGCAAGGUUACAGAUUUGUCAAUUAUCACUAUAUUCAACAGGAAGAGCUUGAUCAAAAGAAAUGAUGUAGAUAAUUAUUAGCCCUGCAAAAAAAAUGAUCUACGCGAUUACAAAUGUAAAACGGUGAAAUUAAUAAAAUUUGUCUCUUUAUGGUUUGUAGA